GGGUGCUAACAAUAUUUUACCAAAGUGUAGGCCGCGGAGUGCAAUAAAUUAAGACACUUUAGAAACGAAUUUGUCAAGGAAGGGUUUCAAAUUGGCUACCUCUCUUCAUAAAUCAGAAUAGUAAAAGGUUUUGGCUGUUUGGCAAUGUCGAGCAAUAAAGAUGAUGGUGCAGCGGAGAGAAUCAAGGCAGCUGCUCUAUCAGCUGCGAAGGGGCUGAGCCGUGCCCAGGCGGAGCGGGCUGCCACUGCGGCUGCACGGAAUGUGAAUGCAUAUGGGCAGAAGGAAGAGGGUCCGAGUAGAUGGCAAGAGAGGAAAGAAGCCAAGAGGCAAAUGUAUUUGAUGAGUACCGAGAAACAAGUGAGAUUGGGUGAAAGGAAGGAUCUCAAGAGCUCCACUUCAUCGGUUGCUUCAGCUUCGCAAUGCCAGAAGUGCUACCAGAUGGGGCAUUGGACGUAUGAAUGCAAGAACGAGAGGGUUUACAUUUCAAGACCUUCACGCACGCAGCAGCUGAAGAACCCGAAGCUGAGAAUGAAGGUCUCCAUCUCUUACGACUUGGAUAACCCGGAUGUUCCCGUGGAGGAUAAGGGUGAAAAGCGGGUGAAGAAGAGCAAAAGGAAGCAUAAGUCUGAUAAGGAGUCUGAUAAUGACAGUGAGGCCUCAGUUUUUGAAUCUGACAGUGGUGCCUCUUCAGUGACGGGUUCGGAUGAGUCUUCAGGGGACAGUGAGUCCAGUGAUAGUUCCUCGACUGAUUCUGAAGAGGAGAGGAGGGGGAGGAGGAAGAGCAAGAAGAAAAAGAAGCAGCAGAGGAAGAGAAGGCAUCGGAGUUACAGCUCUUCAUCGGAGUCCUCAGAAUCUGAUUCUGGUUCGGACUCUGAAUCUGAGGAUAGGUGUAGUCGAAGGAAGGGUAAGAGCAGGAGGCAUGGCAAAAGGCACUGAGUGGUAUAAUCUCCUAUAUUAUUAUCCAUCCUUAUCCUUUUAACCCUUUAGUUUGUUUGUCUUGUUAAUCUUGAUGUAAUAAACCCUUUAGAUUUAAGUGUUUCAUUCUGUUUGUUUUCAAGUGAAAGUUGUGGACUUUUCUCUACUGAGAUGAAGUGAACUAUUGUUUUGAUA